AUGCGAUCCCGCACAGGCUGCUUAACGUGUCGCACUCGGAAACUCAAAUGCGACGAGCAGAAACCGGAGUGCUCGCAAUGUCGCAAAGGUGCGAGGGAGUGUCGCCCUAGCGAAGGGAUCGUUUUCCGCCACCAGCAGAAUGCCUCCAUGAACAAAAGCGCCGAAGAAAAUCCCAAUGGUCGAGGUAGCCUAAAAGGCUUUUAUUCAUACAAGAACACGUUUGAUGAGGACAGUGUCUGGCUGGAUAUCCCGAAGCAUGUCAUUUUCGUCGAUAAUUCCGAUCCUUAUGCUGAAGACCUCGAAGCGGCCCUAGGCGAGUCUGAAGCCGCUAUCCUAGCAGCGAACUCUCAGAAUCGCGCCUGGUCGCAGCGCACGCCGUCCGCCGAUGCCGAAAACAACGGCCUGGAAGCUCUCUCCACUUUGGCAGCCCAUGACCGCCUGUCGUAUAAUCCGUUGAGCGUCGAGCAACAGUCCCUCCUAGCCGUUGAUGCUGCCUCUCCUUAUACCACUCUAUCGGCUACAGCAUCGUCUGGUCCGUCGCCCAUUCAGUUGCGCAGUGUGCUAGCCCCUCAGCUGUCGCCUCCUCUUUCAAUCACCUCCAAUCAUACCAACAGUAAUAAUAAUAUCAACUUCCUCCUUAAUCCAUCACAAGCUCGUUCGCCGCCUGUGGAUUCCAACAUGCAUCAUGCCCUGGAGCGUAGGAGCUCUUCAUUGACCGCCAGGUCAGCAGUGUCACGAGGCUCAAAUACGGAACACAAGUCACAUAUGCCUGCCGAGACAGACAGGGAGGUCGCACUCUUGUUGCGACAUUUUUCAGAAGUACCAGGACUCUGGAUGGACCUUUUUGAUGUUGGAACUUACUUUGCCUCUUAUAUCCCUGUGAGGGCGCUCCGGAAUCCUCUUCUGAAAUAUGCUGCAUGCGCAUAUGCAGCGAAACAGCUCGGGCGAGUCAAGGUAGAACAGGUGCCGACAAGUGGAACUUAUCUCAAGCAAAGCGCGAGCCACGUAGACUGGUCCUGGAGAGGUGCGAAGUAUUAUGAGAAAGCUAUCCAGCUCCUCAUGAAGGAGCUUCAACCGGAUAAAGGUCCCCCACCUUUGAGUACCCCAGAGGCCUUCGGUCAAUGGCAGGCUGCUGAAUUAUGCGAGGAGAGUGACAACCCUCGCAAACGCCGGCGCCGGUAUUCUGAGAGUCGGUUUUCGAAGGGCGUGCACUCGGACGAGAUCCUCGCCGCGACGGCCAUAUUAUCUGUAUAUGAAUUGCUCGAUGCUACUGGUCCGGCGUGGAACCGUCAUUUGAGUGGCGUAAAAUCGUUGUUAGAUGUGGCCGAAGUGGGGAUGAUGCCGGUCGAACAGCGCCCUGAAUCUGUGUUACAACACAGCAAAAGGCCUGGUCUGUCGACGGCGCGGAGAGCAACAUUCUGGAAUUUUGCCCGACAAGAUUAUCUGGCUGCCUUCAUCAAUGAGAGCCAGACGAGGUUGAAUACCGAUGACUUGGUUCUGUGGACGGAAGCAGGCUUGCAGAUCGACAGUCAGGGCUUUGUCCGAUCGAGCAACACAAACGCCUCCGGCUAUCUCGACGGAGACGACGUGAUCAAAGAGGACAUGAUUUGCAACGGCCUGGUUUGGAUCCUGUCUAAGAUCGUCAAUUUCAUAAGUGCCGGUGACAAAGUGCAAGUGAAUCAUCCCAGCUCACUGAACACUGGACCUUUAGGCUUGUCGCAACAGGCGCUGUUGGAGCGAUGGAUACGACUUGAGGCCGAGCUCGAUGCAUGGUACAACGGGCUACCAGAUAUCUUCCAGCCUUGUGCCAGGACCGAGCCAUUAGCAAAAGACGGUGAAAAGGCGGACACUGGAGCAUUGUCUGAAAUCUGGUACAGCAUCUCCAUGUGCUCGUCAGCUAUGCAGCAUUAUCACAUGGCACGGAUUCUGCUCCUGAUAAACAAGCCACACGCGUCGACUAGCCGCCGAAGCACCAUCACGGAUAGACUCAACUCAUAUCGAUCCAUUGAAAAUGACAUACGUUUUCAUAGCCGGGAGAUUGUGGGCAUUGCCAUGGCCUGCCCGACUGGCUCAGUCCGCAUCAAUUCACUCCAGCCGUUGUUCGUUAGCGGUCAGUGUCUCAUUGAUGCUGCUGAAAGACGCGCAGUCCUGCACCUCUUGCAGGGAAUAGAAACCGAGCUUGGCUGGGCAACCGACUAUCGUGUGAAUCAACUGCUCCGAGAAUGGGGCUGGCAGGACAACGAGGAAGCGGCUAUGCCAUCCUAG